AAGCACAUCUAAACUGUAUAGCAAUGGGCAAUGAUUAAUAUUUUUUAUACUUUUUAUAAAUUAUCAAUCUUGAGAAAAGUUUGUGGAUGAAAUGAUGAGUGCCAAGAGUGCCUAAACUAAGGGUCGUAUAAGUAAUCAAAAAUUAUAUGAACUUUGUUUCUUAUUACUUGGUUCUAUGUGAAUUUCCCGUAAAUGCAAAUCGACAAACAAACGAUUAAUGUGUAUGUGAUGCAGAUCACAUGCGGAUUGCAGAUGCGUAUAGUUGCAUUAACGACCUGAAGGGGCGCCUACAUCGCUCGACGUAGACUACAUAGAGUAGAAAACUAGGGACGUAAAAUACCUAGUAUACUACAUGUCAAAAACCAUGUAAUUUACAUCGAGUAUCCUACCUACCCAACCCUGGUAGCGAGUCAGCCAGAGAACAGCUGAUGUAUAAGCUCCGUUUAUCUUCAAAAUAUAAGUGCCUGAUUGGCUAAUAACACAGCGAACCAAGUUUAUACAGUGAACCGCGUCGAAGAAAACAGUCUUUAGUCAACUAAAGCUCAAGAGAUCAUGUCAAUAGCUGAUAAUAAUUUAUUACUAAAAGUGAUUUUAUUCUUCAUUUUCUUGUGUUGCAUAGUGUAACUUAGCUUCAAAAACAUGCGUAGUUUUUUAAUAUUCGUUACAGUUGCAGUUAUCGUGAUUUCAGUUAUCCAAGCCGAAUAUGCAGAAAACAAUAGAAUAGAAGAAAAUCAGUUACAGGACACCAGUUUUAAUAGCUGCAAGUGUGCAAACAAUAAUUGUGGAUGUUGUGAAUAUAUUGACCUGCCUCGUAUUUACAUCAAUGCUACAGUGUGUACUAACAUCACUUAUUUGCCUAAUGAUUAUGGAAUCUCCAUGACAAUUUCCUAUAACUCUGAUACUCUUUUCAAUGAUACAGUUUCUGUUAGAAAUCCACCACCAAUUUGUUUUGGAGAACAUUUUAUAGACUCUUUAGAAGUAGACCUCUGCAUACGUCUACACAACAUAGAUUUUGAUAAGCACCAUCUAUCUGCUUGUGUACGUUUUGAAGCAAAAGUAAUGAGAUGUGUAAUUGCCAAACAAGAAAUUGGAUGUUUCAACAUUGCACAUCAAAACACUCAAGAAUUGGAUGUUUCUAAUAGGUCUAAGACAAUUUUAAGAAAAUUAGGUUUCCUACAUGAGAAACCUAUUGUUAAUAUGAUUUGAAUGACUUUACUGUUUGUUCACAUCAAUAUCUUCUACUUAUGUAGCAUGACUGAAUUUUGUAUGUAUAACAUGUUUUUUUUUGAAAUGUUAAAUACAAGAUAUUUUUAUUAAAUAAUAAAA